AUGAUGCACAGAUUGAAUAACAGAAACAGCCUUCUUCCUUUGAAACCGUUUGGUAAUUAUUACAUUCACAGCUAUGCUUCUCGAACGAAGUUUGAUUCGAAUCUGGUUAUGCGAGAUUUGUCUAAAUCCGGUCAGGUCGAUGAAGCACGCCAGUUGUUCGAUAAAAUGCCUGAGAGGGAUGAGUUUACAUGGAACACUAUGAUCGCUGCUUACUCAAAUUCAGGAAGAUUUGCUGAUGCAAAAGAGCUUUUUUUUAGAAACCCAGUGAAGAAAACAAUCUCCUGGAAUGCUCUUAUCUCUGGGUAUUGUAAGUAUGGAAGUAAAGAUGAAGCUUUUAGUUUGUUUUGGGAAAUGCAGUUUCAUGGAAGUAAACCUAACGAGUACAGUUUCGGGAGUCUUCUUAUGAUGUGUGCUUCGCUUGCUUUACUUCUAAGAGGUGAACAGAUUCAUGGAUAUACAAUAAAGACUUGGUUUGAUUUGGAUGUUUAUGUUGUCAAUGGUCUUCUCGAAAUGUAUGCUAAGUGCAAACGCAUCUCUGAGGCUGAAUACCUUUUUAGGACAAUGUCAGGUGAGAAAAAUAACGUUACUUGGACUUCGAUGCUCACUGGAUACUCUAAAAAUGGAUUUGCUUACAAGGCAAUAGAGUGUUUUAGGGAUAUGAGAAGAGAAGGAAAUCAAUCGAAUCAUUUUACCUUUCCUAGCGUUUUAACUGCUUGUGGUGCGGUUUCUGCUCGCAGGGUAGGAGUUCAGGUACAUGGCUGCAUAGUUAAGAGUGGUUUCAAGGACAAUAUCUUUGUUCAAAGCUCAUUGAUUGCUAUGUAUGCUAAAUGCAGAGACAUGGAAACCGCAAGAGGUUUGUUAAAAGGUAUGGAUGAUGAGGUUUCUUUAAACUCGAUGAUUGUUGAGUGUGUUAGACAAGGUCUUGAAGAUGAAGCUCUGUCUAUAUUCGGAAGAAUGCAUGAGCGAGGUUUGGAAAUAGAUGAGUUCACAAUUCCUUCCAUUUUAAAUUGUUUUGCUUUGUCUAGAACGGAAAUGAAGAUAGCUUCUUCUGUGCAUUGUCUGAUUGUGAAAACUGGAUACGGAACUUAUAAACUUGUGAAUAACGCUCUUGUGGAUAUGUAUGCUAAAAGAGGUAUCAUGGACUCGGCGUUGAAAGUGUUUGAAGGGAUGAUUGACAAAGAUGUGAUAUCUUGGACAGCUCUUGUCACGGGAAAUACACAUAACGGAUCUUAUGAAGAAGCAUUGAAGUUGUUCUGUGCCAUGAGAGCUGGAGGCAUUUCUCCUGAUCAGUUUGUUACAGCGAGUGUAUUAAGCGCCUCAGCGGAGUUAACUCUUCUGGAGUUUGGGCAACAGGUACAUGGGAAUUACAUUAAAACUGGCUUCCCAUCAUCGUUGUCAGUAGAUAACUCUCUUGUGACAAUGUACACAAAGUGCGGAAGCUUAGAAGAUGCGAAUGUAGUAUUCAACUCUAUGGAAAACAGGGAUUUGAUAACAUGGACUGCUCUCAUUGUGGGUUAUGCAAAAAAUGGCAAAGCCAAGGACUCGCUACGAUCAUACAGUCUGAUGAUAGGCAGUGGCGUAAAACCAGAUUACAUUACCUUUAUCGGGUUACUAUUUGCUUGCAGUCAUGCCGGCCUCAUAGAAGAAGCUCAACACUACUUUGAUUCGAUGAGAACAGUUUAUGGAAUCACACCAGGACCUGAACACUAUGCCUGUAUGAUUGAUCUCUUUGGUAGAUCUGGUGAUUUUGUCAAAGUAGAGGAAUUGCUGAAUCAAAUGGAGGUUGAACCAGAUGCAACUGUAUGGAAAGCGAUACUGGCUGCAAGUAGGAAGCAUGGGACCAUAGAAAAUGGGGAAAAAGCAGCGAAAACUCUCAUGGAAUUGGAACCAAACAAUGCUGUUCCUUAUGUUCUGUUAUCGAACAUGUAUUCUGCAGCAGGAAGACAAGAGGAAGCUGCAAAUGUUCGUAGAUUGAUGAAAUCUCGUAAUAUAAGCAAAGAGCCUGGUUGCAGUUGGGUUGAAGGGAAAGGUAAAGUUCAUAGCUUUAUGUCUGAAGAUAGAAGACAUCCGAGAAUGAUUGAGAUAUAUUCCAAGGUUGAUGAAAUGAUGCUUUUGAUCAAGGAAGCUGGUUAUUUACCGGAUAUGAGUUUUGCCCUCCAAGACUUGGAUAAGGAAGGCAAAGAGCUUGGUUUGGCUUACCAUAGUGAGAAACUAGCUGUAGCAUUUGGUUUACUUGCUAUACCAUCUGGAGCUCCAAUCCGGAUUAUCAAGAACCUUCGUGUUUGUGGGGAUUGCCACAAUGCGAUGAAGUACAUAUCGAGAGUGUAUUUUCGGCAUAUCAUCUUGAGAGAUUCAAACUGCUUUCAUCACUUCAGAGAUGGAAACUGUUCUUGUGGAGACUAUUGGUAA